CUUCACUCUGCUCAAAGUGCACUGACCCUGCAAUAGCAAACUGGUCAAAAGCUGAAAUAGAAACUACAUAUUUGAGGUGCAGGAAAAGUGAAGUAAAAUUGUUCCAAAGCUGACAUGGUUGCUGUGUAUCUCUUUGCAUUCAUCUCAGUAAAUCUAUUCCAUCAGAGUCAAGGUCAAAUGUUCCGUAAGGCAAAGAUAUACAGUGAAAAUACAGAGGUACCAGAAGGUGGUAAACUGGAGGUUAAGUGCAGCACAUUUGGUUCUACAACAAUGGCAGUUUUUUUAUAUCUUUGUAAAAAUGGUAAAGCAAUAGAUAUGAAAAAACAAAGCUAAAACCAUGACACAGAAUUUAGAAUAGAGAGGAUUCAAAAGGAGCAUUCAGGCAACUACAGCUGUGUGUACUCAGAAGAACAGCAGGAAACAUCUAAAGUGAUGGGAUAUGGUGAUAAUUACAUCUUCAUUAAUGUGAUCGAUUCAUUGAUUCGUGCACAGAUACAUUUGCUUGAGUCUGAGGUGUCAGUGGGAAGUGAUGCUGAGUUUACUUGUACAUCAUCAUACACUUUAAAUACAAACCAGUCCAGGAAUCUGAAUUUGGCCUAUCUCAUCAAAGACAGAAAGGCUGUUGAGGUCAGCAUUUGGGACACACAGGAUAUGAAGACAACAUUUACACGCAGAAAGGUCCAGAUGGGUGAUGCUGGAACAUACAGCUGUGUUUUGUUGUUAAAUAUACUCCCUCAUCCUGAAAUGAGACUCAAUGGAAGUAAUGAAGUCAAUCUUCAGAUAACUGUGGCAUCCAACAGCAUUAUGCUAGUGUGUUUUGGCAUACUGUUGAUCCUCUGUCUGUUUCUGGGAAUUUGGGCAAUGGUGAAAAAGCAAGGUAGUGAUGAACACAUCCUCUCAUCCUCCAACAAUGACAUAGAGUAUUUCAUAGUUCUGUUUACACCUAAUACUCACAGUAUUUUCUCUUUUCUCUUUACAGUAAUUGAAUGUCCUGGAUUCCAUAAUGAAAGAUCACUCACAGAAAAUGAGGUGGAGCUCAGAGAAACCGAAGUUGUCUAUGAAGAUGUAGCUGAUGCUACAGGUGAAAAACAGAGUGUGGGCUGCAGUGUGUCAGAAUGGGAUGAGUUCCCUGAAAUUGAAGAUCUGAAUACAAAUCAGCCAUACAGUGUGUCACAAUUAUACACAUCAAUUUUGUACAAUUGAUGCAUGUACACCAGAGAAAUAGAAACCAAGCAACCGACAACAUGGGCAUUUACACUGGCAGAGACUUGAAGCAACAAAGCGACCUGUACUCACUGAUUGUCAAUAAGAGCUGCAAACUUACUGUACACGAGUGACAGUGACCAUUAACAACUGGGAGUGUUCAAAGCUCUGCAAUAGGGGAGACCCUAUACCCUGCUCUAGUCACUUGAAACAAGUGAAUUGCAGCAUUACACACAGACAUCAUACCAUACAAACAAACACACAGUAGCCAAUCUUGACACAGACAUAUCUUGUGAAUCCUUUUGUGCAUCAUUUAAUUAAUUUAUUGUAACUUGCUUCAUUUUCUAUGCUUGAGAUGACCCAAAUGAUUAACAAUAAUAGUAAUUAAAAAAAUGAAAUUAAUAAAAACAGCUGAUAACAGGAGUGAAGUGUAUUGACCAACAUAUGAAAACACCAUAAAAUGAGUAUUUUAGUUUAACUGUUGAUUCUGAUUUUUGUGACAUUGCACUGCUCAUGUCAUGCUUCAGUUCCAUUUUCCUGCCAUGUUCCAAUAAAAUGUAAACAAUAAGUAAAAAAAAAGAACUGUUUUCUUUAUUAUUAAA